AUGGCGUUAGAUCCAGAACAUGGGGUCAGCAAGGACCUCUCGACAAUUGAUACUUCUCCGUUGCCUACUCAUGCUAGGGGGCCCUCGCAAAUUGUUGCCCGUGGCGGGUACGGUGGUGUUGGAGAUGAAACCUCCAGCAGCGAAGAUGACAGCAGUUCGGCUAUGAGUGUGAGCAAGCAGGUUGAGUUGGAAGCAGGCCAUGCCAUCAAGUAUAGGACUUGUAGUUGGCAGAAGACUGCAGCUCUGUUAUUUUCAGAGUACAUCUGCUUGGCUAUCAUGUCAUUUCCAUACUCUUAUUCGGUCCUCGGCCUAGUCCCGGGGCUGAUACUUACAGUUGUGGUCGCCGGAAUGGUUCUAUAUACUUCCCUGGUCAUCUGGGCAGCAUGGUAUCUCACGGCCAUCAUGUUCCUCCUCAACAAUACCUUCAUCCAGGGCUUACAUUGCUUGGUCGGUGCACAGUACUUGAACACAAUGACAAAUCAUAGCACUUGUACUGUGGUGUUUGUCGCAGUGACAGCUGUGAUAUCUUUUGUCUGCUCCAUACCAAGGACUUUCAAUACGCUUUCGAAACUUGCGACUCUAUCGGCCUUUUUCACAUUUAUAUCGGUUCUCCUUUCGAUGAUAUUUGCCGGACUUGAGGCUCACCCAGCGAAGUAUAACCCCGACCCCAAUCAUAAAGGCCCCGACGGCAAGUUAAUGGGGGGUGAGCCUAUUGUCACAGCAUUCCCACUCCCUGGAACGACCUUUGUUGCGGGAAUGUCUGCCUUUUUAAACAUCAGCUAUACCUUCAUCGGCCAGAUCACCCUUCCAAGCUUUAUCGCUGAGAUGAGAAACCCAAAGGAUUUUAGCAAAGCUCUCUGGGCGGUCACCAUUGCGGAAAUAAUCGUGUUCAGUAUUGUGGGUGCGAUUGUUUAUGUCUUUACAGGCACGCAAUACAUGACUGCACCGGCAUUUGGCUCCCUCAGUAAUGAGGUAUACAAGAAGGUUGCCUUUUCAUUCAUGUUACCUACAUUGAUUUUCCUUGGGGUGCUGUAUGCAUCGGUAUCUGCACGGUUCAUCUUUUUCCGCAUUUUCGACAACACUCGGCACAAGACAGAACACACUCUGGUCGGCUGGUCUUCCUGGGCUGGAAUUUUGGCGGUGCUUUGGAUACUUGCUUUCAUCGUGGCGGAGGUUAUUCCAUUCUUCACCGAUCUUCUCUCUAUAAUGAGUUCGCUUUUUGACUCGUUCUUUGGAUUCAUUUUCUGGGGAGUGGCGUAUCUACGAAUGCAGUCUGCAGACGAAGCAGAGAAGCCAGGAAAGCCCCGAAGUAUACGAGGAUGGAUCGGAUGGGGUGUUAAUAUCUUCCUCAUUGGCGUCGGAUUGCUAUUCCUUGGCCCAGGAACAUAUGUAAGAUGCAUCAGCUACAGCCCUUCAAAAUGA